CAAAGUUUCAUUUCUCGGCACUACAACUGUAGAUCUCGCGAUAGACUGGGAGCAGCCGGGAUACAACAUGGCAGAAGAAGAGGUGACUAAGUUGCAGAAACACCUAACGCUUUUGCGACAGGAAUAUGUCAAGAUGCAGCAAAAGCUCGCAGACACCGAGAAGAGGUGUGCUAUGCUGGAAGCCCAGGCUAACCAAGAAAGUACCAGCGAAUCCUUCAUCAGCCGGUUGCUGAGCAUUGUAGCUGAUCUUUACCAGCAAGAACAGUACAGUGACUUGAAAAUAAAAAUUGGUGACAAGAAGGUGUUUGCACACAAAUUUGUCCUGGCAGCACGUAGUGACAACUGGAGUCUGGCCAACCUUUCAUCCACCACAGAACUGGACAUGUCAGAUACCAAGCCUGAAGUUGCCAUGGCAAUGCUGCGAUGGGUGUAUACAGACAAACUGGAACUGAAAGAGGAUGAUGUUUUCCUCACGGAUCUAAUGAAGCUGGCAAAUUGUUUCCAGUUACAGUUGCUCCGUGAAAGAUGUGAAAAAGGUGUCAUGUCGCUUGUGAAUGUAAGGAAUUGCAUUAGAUUCUACCAAACUGCGGAGGAGUUGAGUGCCACCACCCUCAUGAAUUACUGUGCAGAGAUCAUUGCCAGUCACUGGGAUGAUCUGCGAAAAGAUGAUUUUAGUACCAUGAGUGCUCAACUUUUGUAUAAGAUGAUCAAGUCCAAAACGGACUUUCCCUUACAUAAAGCUAUCAAAGUUGAGAGAGAAGAUGUGGUCUUCCUGUAUCUUAUUGAAAUGGACUCUCAGCUUCCCAGCAAACUAAAUGAAUUGGACAGAAAUAGUGAUCUAGCCCUUGACCUAGCACUAUCUCGCAAAAUUGAGAGUAUUGCAACAACAUUAGUCAAUAAUAAGGCAGAUGUGGAUAUGAUUGACCAUAAUGGCUGGAGCUUGCUUCACAAGAGCUGUUCACAGAGCUUGAAGCAGUUUCGCCAUUCUUCUCUGAUCCGUGGCAUCAACAAGGCAUUUUUGCCCAGAGAACUGGCGUUCAAUCGCUUAGAUUUAUCAUCUGUCAACUUCCUUUUAUUAAAAAAAAUACACCAAUCUAAUGCUUUCCAUUUCUUUCCAGGUGAUGAGUUUGCAUCUACCUUCUUAAUUCGCAACUCUUCCAAGGUGAAUGCAGCAACAGCUACAUCCUUAGAGACUCCUUUGCACCUUGCUUCCUCCUUCACCCCCAAGAAACAUUCUCCUCGGGUUAUGACAGGGAUGGCCAGCAUAACAGAAGCAUUGCUAGAUGCUGGUUCCAACCCAAACAUGCAGGACAGCAAUGGCAGAACUCCUGUUCACACUGCAGUGCUUUCUGGAAAUGAUGCUGUGUUUAGCCAGCUAUUGCUAUGCAAGGAGCUGAAUCUGGAACUGAAAGACCAUGAAGGAAACACAGCACUGUGGCUUGCUUUGCAGUUCAUCACAGUCUCUACAGAUCAAUCUGUAAAUCCCUUUGAUGAUAUUCCAGUUAUGAAUGGUACCUCUUUUGAUGAGAAUAGUUUUGCAGCUAGAUUAAUUAAACGAGGCAGUAACCCUGAUGCUCCGGACACCAUGACAGGGAACUGCCUACUGCAAAGAGCAGCUGAAGCUGGAAAUGAAACUGCAGCUCUUUUUCUUGCCACACAUGGAGUUAAAGUCAACCACACCAACAAUUGGGGAGAGUCCCCAUUGCAUACAGCUUGUCGCCUUGGACUUGCAAAUCUUACUUCAGAGCUCCUGCAGCAAGGGGCAAACCCUAACCUCCAAACUAUGCAGCCUCUUCCUGACAGUCGUGGAGUUUCUUCAGCCCAGGGUGUCUAUUUACAAAGUCCAUUGCACAUGGCCAUAGCCUACAAUCAUCCUGAUGUAGUAUCUGUUAUACUAGAACAAAAAGCUAAUGCUCUUCAUGCCACCAGUAACCUUCAGAUUAUUCCAGACUUCAGUCUCAAGGACUCAACAGACCAAACAGUGCUGGGUCUUGCUCUUUGGACUGGUAUGCAUACAAUUGCAGCUCAGCUGUUAGGUUCUGGGGCAUCUAUCAAUGAUACAAUGUCCAACGGGCAGACACUGCUCCACAUGGCAAUCUUGCGACAGGACAGCCAGAGUGCCCUCUUCUUGCUGGAACAUCAGGCUGAUAUUAAUAUGCGGACUCAAGAUGGAGAGACUGCCCUGCAGUUAGCCAUUAGGAAUCAACUUCCACUGGUCGUGGAUGCUAUCUGUACCCGAGGGGCAGACAUGUCUGUUUUGGAUGAAAAGGGCAACCCACCUUUAUGGCUGGCACUAGAUCGUGGACUUGAGGACAUUGCCUCAACCUUGGUUAGGCAUGGCUGUGAUGCUACCAGCUGGACUCUAGGACCCAGUGGUUGCUUGCAGACCCUUCUACAUCGAGCUAUUGAUGAGAACAAUGAAAGUAUAUCAUGCUUUCUGAUUCGUAGUGGUUGUGAUCUUAAUAGCCCACGACGUCUUGGCCCUAAUGGUGAGGGGGAUGAAGAGGCACAUGACGGUCAGACGCCACUUCACCUGGCAGCCUCUUGGGGUUUGGAAGAGGUGGUGCAAUGUUUGCUGGAAUUUGGUGCCAAUGUUAAUACGCAGGAUGCAGAGGGUAGAGCUCCAGUCCAUGUUGCUAUUAGCAACCAGCAUACUGUGAUUAUUCAACUCCUCCUCUCUCACCCUGAGAUCCGACUAAAUGUGCGGGACAGGCAGGGCAUGACACCUUUUGCCUGUGCUAUGACUUGCAAGAACAAUAGAGCUGCGGAAGCCAUCCUUAAACGGGAGCCAGGAGCAGCUGAACAGGUGGACAACAAAGGUCGAAAUUUUCUUCAUGUGGCUGUACAAAAUGCGGAUAUUGAAAGUGUACUUUUCCUAAUCAGUGUCCAAGCCAAUGUUAACUCCCGUGUACAGGAUGCAUCAAAACUGUCACCUCUACAUCUAGCUGUGCAAGCUGGCUCUGAGAUAAUUGUUCGUAACCUGUUGUUGGCAGGAGCCAAAGUCAAUGAACUGACCAAGCAUCGACAGACAGCCCUGCACCUGGCUGCCCAGCAAGACUUGCCUACCAUCUGCUCUGUACUCCUAGAGAAUGGGGUGGACUUUGCAGCAGUUGAUGAAAAUGGGAAUAAUGCUCUUCACCUUGCAGUAAUGCACGGGCGUCUGAACAACAUCCGAGUACUUCUGACUGAGUCUAAUGUGGACGCAGAAGCUUUCAAUCUCAGGGGACAGUCUCCAAUGCACAUCCUAGGGCAAUAUGGGAAAGAGAAUGCAGCUGCCAUAUUUGAGCUUUUCCUAGAGUGCAUGCCAGAGUAUCCUCUAGAUAAACCUGACAAUGAAGGGAACACAGUGCUCCUGCUUGCAUACAUGAAAGGAAAUUCAAAUCUUUGCCGAGCUAUAGUCCGAGCUGGGGCACGACUUGGAACUAAUAACAAUCAGGGAAUCAACAUUUUCAAUUACCAGGUUGCCACAAAGCAGCUGCUCUUCAGGCUUUUAGAUAUGCUGACUAAGGAACCUCCAUGGUGUGAUGGCUCAAACUGCUAUGAGUGCUCUGCAAAGUUUGGUGUGACUACAAGAAAACAUCACUGUCGACAUUGUGGACGCCUGCUUUGUCACAAGUGCUCUAUGAAGGAGAUACCAAUCAUCAAGUUUGACCUUAACAAACCAGUGCGUGUGUGUGACAUUUGUUUUGAUGUCCUCACCUUAGGCGGCGUCUCCUAGUGAUUGCACCUGGCUGACUGGCUCACUCUGCUGCUGUACCAGUUCACUGACAUGUGAGCAGCAGAUGCUUAUUUGCACCUGGAUUCAUCUAGGAACUUGAUUAUCAGUAAUUCCCUUUUUUGUUAAAACUGCAUCUAAUUUGAUAGGCCUUGUAUAAAACGGAAAAGGUGCCUGGAUUUUUUUUUUUUUUUUUUUUUUUUUACCCCCCUGUUCUGAUAACAUGGCGGGGCUCUGAAAACUAAAAAAAGGCUUUAACACUGAGAGACAUCGACAGCUGCGAGCAUCUGAUAAUGUUUUUUGGGGAAAAAAAACAAUCUUGACCCUGUUUCAGAUCUUUGCAGAGUUUCCAUUUAGGUGCUGCAUUGUGUUGCCCAUGUUGGUAUUUUUAAUCCAAAUGUAGCGUAUGGAGACUGGUAUUUUGUUUUUGUUUUGGGGGGAGUGUUCAAAAUACUCAAGUCCUGGUAUUCAUUUUUUUAUGUAAAAUAACCUUUCCCUCUUUAGCAAUGGCAGGGUAGUGCCAUCUGAGCCAUGACACAAAUAGGAUGGCCUCUGAGGAGCAAAUAUUCCAAGUAAACUGCUACCACCAAGAUUGGUCUGCUCUGCCUACUGAUCAUUUUGGGUUGCUAUUCAAAACCUGCAUAUGGUAGGUGAGGUGAUUCACAUUCAAAAAGAGUUAUUUCACAGCUACAGUCAUUGAGCUUUGUGCCCUGUAUUGGCAACUGACCUCUUAGAGACUUGUUGUUUACCUUUUCGAUUUUUUGGGGGAAUCAACCUGCUAUUGUUCACCUCUCACCAGAGCAACUUUCCAUAUGUCAUUCUAACCUACUGACAUCAAGGAUAAGACAAACUAGUUGCACUCUUUUUGAUGUUUUUAUGUUUAAUUUUAUCGUUCGUUUUUAUUGAAAAUUACCAAGGCGUCUAUAGAACUGGUAGCCAAUUUAUAUAUGGCUUUGUUGCAUUUUGGAGUGCACUCUAGUACCUGUCUAGAGAAGAGAACAGUGCAGCUCUGUUCACUGUGAACAUAGUAGGCAUUCUUACAGAACUGGUUCUGACAAAGAGGGCGUGUUUUUGGUCUAUGAAACAAAAAAAGGUGGUCUUAGUGAAAGCAAUAGAAAGGAUUCUUAUUUUUACAUUAUGCAAGAUUGCACAACUGUUCCCAUAUGCUGUUAGCAAAACACUUCUUUUGUAGGUACAGGAGAAACAGUACGAGCUACACCAGUGUCAUCACUUCCCUGCCUUAGUUCAGAGGAAUGCCUUGACCAGAUGUUUCUGGAACCUUAAUUCCAUGUGGUGCUCUGGGGGAACAUAUACCCAUUUUGUUAAAACAGUGCAUCUUCGUACCCUAAAAAUUUGUCCAGAUAUUUUCCAGAUAUUUUUAAUUCCUCUUCCUUAGGAAUUUGGGGGUUGAUUUACUGUUUCCAUUCAAACAUCAUGAAAGACGUUUUUUGUGGAUGAGAGAUAGUAAUAAGAAAUGAGUGUGUUAAGAGUUUGAAUAGGAUUUCAAGGUACUUCAUUAGAACUUGCUGGUAUAGUAGGAUAAAUGAAUCACCUAAAUGUGGAGCGAAGCUCAGUGAAGAGACUGAAUUUCUUCAGAGCUCUUGAAAAGAUAUUGGGGAAAGGGGAUGGGAGGUUAUAAUAGUUCUAAUUAUGAUUAAAUUGUACAGAGAAAUGUAAAAUACUUGACCACUACAGCUGUUUUGUACUUUAAUACAGUUGGUGAUGACUUUCUCACUUUACCACUGUGAAAAAAUUCAGUACUAUUGCUUCUCACAAUGUUCCUACAUUAUGUGCUCUGAUUGAAAGGUCUUCUAAUAAGCCUGCUGCUCCCUGUAUAGGCCUGACCAGUGCUCUCUGAAGUGAAUCCUCCUUGUACUCAGAGAGGCGCACUAUGUAUAAAGAAAAAACAAACUUUCCAAAA